AUGUCCGAACAGGACGACUUGCGCGCCCGACUUCUGCGGGAUGACGUGUCGCCCAACGAUCAGGCAGCUGCGCCCACAGUGCUUUCCCGCCGCGAGCGGGCUGCGUCGCGCUUCUGGAGGUCACUGGCGAAGUACUUCCAGGAGCAUGGCUACAGGCCCGGGGCUUCCACCCUGGGCUCGCAGGGGCGAGUGACGGUCUCAGGAAGUACCGGACCUCUUGCCUACGCUACGCCUUCUCGGAGAGCCCUCAAAGCCAAUGCCUCCGACCCCACCGACUACCUGUAUGCUGCAGGUUCCAGCAGUGAGGUGCCCGCGGCCUUCUUCCCGGCGCGCGCUGCGUCACCGGAACAGUUUCGUCGGCACUUUCUGGGAGAUCAGGAUUUCCCACGGGCAGAGAUCAGCUGUCAAGCGCAGCUUGUUGAGUUCGUUCUGGAUGUGUCUUUCGACAUCCAGGAGCACUACUGGCGAAUGGCCCAGGCGGAGACAGAGCUCUUCAACGCCCCCACUUCCUCCGAGCCCGAUGUCGGUGGGCAUGCGACGCCCAUAACGCCAGCGAUUUCGCCUUCCGCAUCCCCAUCCCGAGCAAGGCGGCAAUCGUCGGACUUGGCCACGGUGCUCGUGAUCUUGAAGUCCUUCCUCGGCGGCACGUUGCUGGUGGCUCCUGGCGAGUUUCUGCAAGCUGGGCUUGUGUCUGGCAACCUGCUCUUCUGCUUCAUGGGGUUGCUGGAACUCUGGUGCAUGCGGAAGCUACUUGCCGCCUACCGCCAGGCGGGCGGCGGCUCGUUCGGGCUCUUGGCGCUGCGCGCGCUAGGCCGAGGGGGCGCCCUGGCCGUCGAGGUCUCCAUCGUGGCCUCACAACUCGGCUUCAUUGCUACCGAAAUGAUCUACUUUGCAAAGAACGGCGCGCAUGCAACGAAAUGGUUGUUCCGACAGUAUCUUCCACAAGAGUCGAUACUUCACCAGUACCACAAGGAGGAUGUGGCUGCCUGGCUGACGUGGGCCCAGCUGCUUCUGGUCAUUCCAGUGGCUUGGCAUCGGGACUUGGCAUCGCUGACCGCCUUCAACUUUGUCGGAAACACGCUCGUGCUCAGCACUACUGUUUUCCUAGCGGCCUCAGCUACCGGCGGCCUGGUCACAUCCGGUGUCGCAGAGGACCUUCCGUUCUUUUGCCCUGUGCCGCGCGGCCUCGUCUUCCUCGGCUUCUCCGUGUUCACUUUCGAGGGCAUCAACAUGGUCAUUCCCAUGUACGAGUCGCACAAGGACAAGGCGAGCUUCGAUCGCAUUCUCUCAAAGACGAUCAUUGCGGUCAUCUUGAUCUUCGCCACAUUUGCCUCCGGGAAUGUCCUUCUCUAUGGGGUGGAUGUGCAGCCGAUUUUGACUUUGAAUUUGGCCAAGGACUCGCUGGCUUCUACUUGGGUUCCAGUAGCCUUCGCCAUCGCUUCGCUUGCUCUCGUUCCUCUGCUGGCACUGCCGACCUUCGAUCUGCUGGAGCGGGGCUUGGCGAGGCCCCGUUUCACUGCCGGGCUAGUUUCCAGCCAUCUGCGCGUGAACAUCUUCCGAGCUGUGCUGCUGGCUGUUUGCGCGGCAUUGGCUCGCUACGGCGGACGACAUCUGGACGCUUUUCUGUCGCUAGUGGGAGCUGUGGCUUGCGUGCCGCUGGCGCUGAUCUACCCGGCUGCCAUACACCUGCGCCUUGUUGCUACUUGCCUCAACUGGGAGCUUGAGUGA